UAUAAAUAAGCUCCUCCGUCCACCCCCGACUCAACCACCACCUCCAAUCUUCAUCCACACCUUGAAUCAAAUCCAUCCCUACACCAAUACAAACUUCAACCCAAUCCAAUAGACCGAUACCUCCUUGAGACUUGAGAUAGACCACCCGCAGCUCGAAUCGACUCGGCAAUGAAGAGCAGGAGGCAGAGCGGCCUGGCCGUGGACACCACAAGCAGCGGCUGCGGCGGCGGCGUCGUAGGGGGCUGCAGCGCCAGCAAGAUGGAGCGCAAGGACGUGGAGAAGAAUCGCAGGCUGCACAUGAAGGGCCUCUGCCUCAAGCUCUCCUCCCUCGUCCCGCCCUCCUCCGCCCACUAUUCUUCUACUUCUUCCUCGCCGCCGUCCAGCAACAAGGACGCGGCGACGCAGCUGGAUCAGCUGGACAGCGCGGCGGCCUACAUCAAGCAGCUCCGGCCCCGGAUCGACCACCUCAAGCGCCGCAAGCAGGCCGCCCUCACCGGCGGCUGCUCAUCCUCCGUCUCCGCGGGCGACUACAAGGGAGCUCCUUCAACUUCAACGGCGCUGCCGGUGAUCGAGGUGCGGUGCCAGGACGGGUCGGCGCUGGACGUGGCGCUGGCAAGCGAGGCCGGGCGCCCCUUCCGGCUGCACGAGGUGAUCGCGGUGCUGGAGCAGGAGGGCGCGGAGGUGGUCAGCGCCAGCUUCUCCGUCGUCGGCGACAAGAUCUUCUACACGGUCCACUCCCAGGCGCUGUGCCCCCGCAUCGGCCUCGACGCCGGCCGGAUCGCCCAGAGGCUCCGCGGCCUCGCCGCGGCCGCAGCCACCGUCUCGACGCUGCUGACAUGCUGAUCUCUCUAUGUCGUCUAUCUAUCUUUUUUGCCAUGGCGACCGAACCGCCUGAGCCUGACUGACCGGAGGCUAGCUGAUGCAAGGAUAGGAUGAUGGAUGGAGGCUAGCGGGUAGUUGAUCUUUUUUUCAUCGGUCGCAUCGGGGCAGCAAUGUUGUAUGUGACGAUGCUUGUUUCAGCUUAACCAAGAUUUCUCUCCUUGUACGUA